UAAAUGUAUAACAAACAGUAUUUAAUACGACGUUUGACCGCCUUAUUUCUCUAUUACAAUGCGGCACCUAUGGCCACCUAAUCACUACGGGGCUUGCAGGCACCCUUACUUUUCCGCAUUCUUUCUGGUCCCGUCCUGGUGAAGAUGUCUUUUUGCUGGUGGCCCCCGUCACAAAGAUUCGUUUUUUUUUUUUCGUUGUCCGCGUUGCUUGCCUUUCCCUUCGGCGUUGCUUUGUUCCUUCCGAACACUUUUUUUUUCCUGACCUUGUCUCCCGUUUCGUGUCCUUUCCGCAUGGUCGUGCUUGUGGUCGUGCUUUUUUUUCUCUGGCGUUCUCUCCUGUGUCCCUUUGCUUGGACGUCUGGUUUUUUUUUUCGGUCCGUUUGUCGUCCCUGGGGUUUUCUCUUGGUUUUGUUCCUUCGCCUCGUCCUGGGCGGUUAUCACCGUCCUCCCCCAGGUUGCGGACUUCUGGGAGUGGGCUCCUCUCCAGAGAUCACGUUCGCAGUCACUUUUAUUGUCCGCUAAUUUGGCGUUGUUGAUUGGAUAAUAAAUGUUUUUAAG